GCUUCCCUGCCCUGGCCAGGCUCAGCCCGCUGAACCGCUGACAAGAUGCAGUCAGAUGAUGUUAUCUGGGAUACACUAGGAAACAAGCAAUUUUGUUCCUUCAAAAUAAGAACCAAGACUCAGAGUUUUUGCAGAAAUGAAUACAGCCUGACUGGACUGUGUAAUCGGUCAUCCUGUCCCCUGGCAAACAGUCAGUAUGCCACUAUCAAAGAAGAGAAAGGACAGUGCUACUUGUAUAUGAAGGUUAUAGAACGAGCAGCUUUCCCUAGGCGUCUCUGGGAACGGGUCCGGCUUCAUAAAAACUAUGAGAAAGCACUGGAGCAAAUAGAUGAAAAUCUAAUUUACUGGCCCCGUUUCAUUCGACACAAAUGUAAGCAGAGAUUCACCAAGAUCACCCAGUACCUAAUUCGAAUUCGAAAACUUACACUAAAGCAACAGAGGAAACUUGUUCCUUUGAGUAAGAAGGUGGAACGGAGGGAAAAAAGAAGAGAGGAAAAGGCAUUAAUAGCUGCUCAGCUGGACAACACCAUUGAAAAGGAAUUGCUGGAGAGACUGAAACAAGAUACGUACGGCGACAUCUACAACUUCCCCAUCCAUGCCUUCGACAAGGCCCUGGAACAGCAGGAGGUAGACAGUGGCUCUUCAGAUGCUGAGGAAAACGAUGAAGAAGAUAAAGAAGAUGUGGGAAAAAGAGAGUUUGUGGAAGAUGAUGAAGUUGAUGAGAGUGACAUAAGUGAUUUUGAGGACAUGGAUAAACUGGAUGCCAGCGGUGAUGAAGAUCAGGAUGAUAAAUCCUCCAGUGAGGAAGAAGAAAAGGCCGUUGACACUAAACACAAAGGCAAAGCACCCUUGAAAGGACCUUUAAGGAGGAAAAAAGCAUAUGUAGAGAUAGAGUACGAACUGGAGACAGAGCCCGAGGACAAGGCCACAACCAUGUGAUUUCCCUUCAGACGUUUAUAAACAGGACUGGGCAU